CCGCGCCCCUUCCCCUGCGGCCGGCACUUGGUACAACCGGGCGGUUGGCGUCCUCCGAGCCUCCAGCUAGGGGCGGGCUUUUCAAAUCUUACCUUUGGAGGCGGGCGAGGCUCUGGCUGUGGCGCCGGAGAUGGAGGAUCAGACCCCGAGCGGUCCCAGACUCGGCCUGGCGGGGCUUCCCGCGCCGCAGGACUGCAGCAUUCAAGAAAAAAUAGAUUUAGAAAUUCGAAUGCGAGGAGGAAUAUCGAAACUCCUUUCUCUGAGCACUCAGAAAGAUCAGGUUUUGUGUGCAGUUAAGAAUCUCAUGGUGUGUGAUGCUCGAAUCAUGGCCUACACAUUGGAGCUACAGAAAUUAGAAGAGCAGAAUGCAAAUCAAACCGGAAGAUGUGAUGUGAGUUAUGAAAGUAAAGAACAGUCAGCAUGUAAAGGAAAGAUUGCCAUAUCAGAUAUUCGAAUACCACUAAUGUGGAAAGACACUGAUCACUUCAGCAAUAAAGAAGGGUCACAGCGCUAUGCCAUUUUUUGUUUAUUCAAAAUGGGAGCUGACGUUUUUGAUACUGACAUGGUGAUUGUGGAUAAAACAAUCACAGAUAUAUGUUUUGAAAAUGUAACCAUUUUUAAUGAAGCAAGUCCAGACUUUCAAAUAAAGGUGGAAAUAUAUAGUUGCUGUACAGAAGUCUCUUCUAUAACCAACAUACCAAAAAAACUAGCAAAGAAACUUAAGACAUCUGUAAGUAAAGCUACAGGAAAGAAAAUAAAUUCAAUACUUCAAAAAGGAGAAAACGAAAUAUGCUCAUCUUUCAGUUCUGCUAUUCCUGGUGCAAAGUAUAAUUUGCUAGCUUAUACUACCCUUACCUUGGAAAGUGCUGAGGAUAAUUUCAAGACCCAUAAUCUGUUUAUUAAUGGAAAUGAGGAGUCUUCAUUUUGGCUUCCCUUGUAUGGCAACAUGUGCUGCCGAUUAGUUGCCCAGCCAGCUUGUAUGACUGAGAAUGCAUUUGCAGGAUUUCUUAAUCAUCAGCAAAUGGUAGAAGGACUGAUUAGUUGGAGACGGUUGUAUUGUGUUUUGAGAGAGGGUAAACUCUAUUGUUUUUACACUCCAGAAGAAAUUGAAGCUAAAGUAGAACCAACUUUAGUAGUGUCCAUUAACAAGGAAACCAGAAUACGGGCAAUGGAUAACGAUGCCAAGAAAAGAAUCCAUAAUUUCUCUGUCAUCAACCCUGUUCCUGGACAGGCUAUAACUCAUAUUUUUGCAGCUGACAAUAGAGAAGAUCUUCAGAAAUGGAUGGAAGCCUUCUGGCAACAUUUCUUUGAUCUUAGCCAAUGGAAGCAUUGUUGUAAAGAACUUAUGAAAAUUGAGAUUAUGUCACCACGGAAACCACCUUUGUUCUUGACAAAAGCAGCGACCUCAGUCUACCAUGAUAUGAGCAUUGAUUCACCUGUGAAACUUGAAAGUGUAACUGAUAUAAUCCAAAAAAAAAUUGAGCAGACAAAUGGACAGUUCCUUAUUGGUCAGCAUGAAGAAUCCUCACCACCUCCUUGGACUGCACUCUUCGAUGGUAAUCAUCAAGUGGUCAUCCAGAAAAAGGUAUUAUCUCCUGAAAGUGAGCAGUUACAUGAUGGGAAAAGGAAAAAGAGACGAGCUCCCCUUCCUCCUCCUGAUAAAGUGCCUUUCACCUUAAAAACACAGAGUAAUACAGAUCAAUUGGUUAAGGACAACUGGGAAAAAGCAAGUGUAUCUCAGACUUCGCCUUCGGAUACCAAAUUAUCAACUCUAAUGCAUCACUUACAGAAACCAGUGGCUGCGCCUCGAAAACUUCUUCCUGCCAGGAAAAAUAGUUUAACUGAUGGUGAACACACAGACACUAAAACCAAUUUUGAAGCCAAGCCAGUGCCAGCUCCAAGGCAGAAAUCUAUCAAAGAUGUUUUAGACCCUAGAUCAUGGUUGCAGGCACCAGUAUAGAAUAUCCUUAAUGUAUAAAACAUUCAACAAGAUCUAUAACUAUGCAACUUAAUUCAGAGCCACUAUAGAGGUUUGUAAUUAUAUGGGCAAAUAUGAUAGUGAUUCAAAUCAAUAACUAAUAACUGUUAGGUAUUAACAAAAAGUCUUAUAAUAAAGAAAUGCAUUUAUCUUUUACUUCUGAUUUUCAGAAUAUAAGUGACUCCCCUAGCACAGUUCAGGAGGCAGUUUCUAGACAAUGUCCUAAUUGUUAGAAGGGUUAAUUUAUUUCUAAAUUAGUACCAGGCAGUGAACAAGCACUAGGCAGAAGAAAGCAUUAAAAUUUCUUUGGGUGAAGACUGUCUAGUAAUUUAAAAUGUGUUAAAUAAGAGCCAUAUUCUCAUUGUGAGAAUUUUAAUAGUAAUGGAAUGUUUCAAAAGUUUUAUUCAAACCACAAAUUAUAGAAUCCACCCAAGAAAAUUUUCUUCUUAGCAUUCUGGAAUUCUCAUCUAAUGGUUCACUGGCUCUCAUCUAUUGUUUAACUCACUAGUUAACUCACUGACCUUUCAAAUUCCUGGGAUAAAUUUUGGAAUAUUAAAUUCUUCGUCUUUAAAGGGAAUUUGUAAUGUGCUAUUCAAAGCUGUUUCUUUGAUGAGCCCUGAAAUCCUGUUGGCAUUAACUCUCAUAAGUGAAGCAUAACAUUUAUUAGUUUAGAGAAAAUGUAGAUUUAAAUGUUCUUUACUUCCACUUUUCUAUGCAUAGUGCUAAUUUCUAUUGUGACAUUGGAAUUUGGGGAAGUGAGUAGCUGAUUAACACCUUAAAAUUCAUUUAAUACUUAUUUAAAAAGCAGAUGGCAGAUUCAAAAAUAUCAGAAAAGUUGGCCUUGGUAAUAAUUUUCAGAAUUAAUCCUUUUAUAUAUUUUUAAUUAGAUUUCCUUUUUCUAGUAAGAGGUUGAUGUCUGCUAUUGAUAUUAUUCACUAAAAGACAUACUCUUAUAAUAAUGACAUCAGAAUCAUUUCCAUAGGAGGUAAUUUCCAUAGCAACUAAUCAUAGUGACCCAAACAGGAGGAUUAGGAAAUCAAGUAAGGACUAAAUAGCAAAUGGACGAAUACCUUAAAGGAACAAAAAUCUAUUUUUUAUAAUCAUGCUUCUUGUAAACAAGAGCUAGUUUUAAAAAUCUAAUCAGAAUUUCCAAAUAAAGGAGUUUCCAUAAGGUGUCAGCAGUAGCACUAAAAAUCUCAAAUCACACUGAGCCCCAAAUGUCUUUGCAAGAAAUAAAAGUAAAAGAAUUAAAUUACUGCCCUGAGUACAAUCUCUGGAGGUCUUUUUAAAGCUUGUAAGAACUCCAUUUGGAUCAGAACUACAUUAUUACAAAGCAAAAUUGAAUGCUUGACAAAAAAUAACAUUAAUUUAAAUGAAGUCUUUUAUUAUUUUUAUAUAGCAGAGUCUUUUUUUUCACUUUAAUAAUGAUAUAACUGCCAGGUUGCUUUGUGUUUGCCCAGGACUCCAAGUAAGAAUUGGGACUCAAGAGAAUAAUGAUAUAAGAGGUCUCCUGUGUCUGGGACACCUGGAUAGACAUGGGUUUUGAUUAGAAAGAAACCUGAUAUCUUGCCUGAUAGUCUUUAGAGAAAAAUCAUGUGUUUGAAAAUCUAAAAAAGUAAGAUUAAUUUGUUUCUUCUAACUGGAAGGCUUGUAGAUUUUUGUUGUGAUUGCUAAUCCAGCAAAUGGCAUACUAAAAAUCUAAAUGAUAUUAUUUGAAUUUUUUUUUUAAACCUCACUUCUGUUUUUGACAGCGUUUGUGACUGUCAUUGCCACUAAAUUAUUGAACUAAAGAUGCUGCAGGCAAAUUUGUUUCUGAAACUGGCAUCUAAGCAUUUUUUUUUUUGUAGUUGAAGCCUUCCUUAUAACAAAACAGUAUUAAAACUUCCAUAUUAUAUUCUUUUCAUUGUACCUCACGCAUAUCAUAUCAAGAAGAAUUUAAGUCGUACAGGAAAGGGAAUUUAUUCAUGGAGAAAUCACCUAGCAGUUGUGCCCUCAGUGGGGCACUUUGAAACAAGUUUGAAGCCAUUAACUUAAAAUGAUUUAGAUAAGCCUGACCAAGGAUAACACUCCCACCCCACCCAUCGCCCAAAAUUAUUCACAAUAUCCGUGCUAUUACCAGAGAUCCAUCUUCCUUUAUAUGUUGCAGUGUCUUUAAAAUUGGGCUGAAGUCUUCAGCUACACUUCCACAUUGUACUCAUGAAAUUUUAGUUCACUUCCCCCAAAAGGUAUAAUACAAAUAUGGUGCUUCCUCCUUACCGCCCUCUUUACCUCCCUCCUUCCCAACCUUCCUUCUUUCCUUUCUUCCACAGACAAAAAAAAUAAAAAUAAAAAUAUGGAAUUAAACCCUAUGUCAAGGAGUUUGUCAAAAGAAGGAUUUGUUUUUGCACUUCCUAAACUGGAUGUUUAUGACAGAAAAAUAUGCCUUGUAAUAAAAGACAUUUCAACUUUAUAUGAGCUUGCUUUUCACAUUUCUUGUUUGUCCUUUUAAUUUGUUUCUUGAUAUAUGAAGACUAUAAACUUGAAGCAAAGAAUUAGCUGUCAGAUCUUAAUAAUAAUAUUAUAAUUGGUGAAACAUAAUAGAAAGAAUAGAUAUUUUAUUAUGUUAUGAUAAUUCUGAUCUGAAGAUAAUGGCUUAGACAAUUACAUUUACAUUUCAAGCUUUGGGACAUAAAUUACAACAGCAUUAAGAUAGUAUUGUUUUUAAUUGCUACAAAGUGAUGAGCUUUGUACUUAAGCAUCUUACAAGGACAAAGAAGGCAUUUUGUUACUAUAAAUGUGCACCUCCUAAGGUAAAUGAACUUAAAAUAUCAGGCAUGUCAGCUCUUAGUGAGUUUUGUUAAAUCCUUAACUAUCUGCAAUGCCUCCUGACUUCUUGUGAAUGGAAGUGUAUGUAUGUGGAAAACUAAAUCCACUUAUUAUAAACAUCUUAUCUUACUCUUUAGGAGCCUCCUAAAUGUAUUUUACUUAGUAUUGUUUAUUAAAAAUGAAAAAUGCCUUGAUUUAGAGACAAUUCAUGUCAGGUAGGUUAAGCAGUCAAGUAUUUCUUUAGGCUUAUGUUCAACAUCUCAGCCACCUACAGAGAAGUUAAUUAAUUCAAUCCAAAAUGAAAUUAUAGGGCAGUUUGGUGCAAUUUAUGUUAAAUGCCAUUUGAAUGUAAUCACCUGUGUUACCAUGAAUGAAGAACAACUGUACUAGAUAGAUAUAGAAGCUGCACUAUGAGCAAGAGCAGAAGUGCUUUGGCAAGAAAUAUACCUGUGGCUAUGGUCAGAAUUUAUCAAAACUCAUUGUCUUAUAAAGAUUAUAUUAUUGAAUAGUAAUUAAAUUUUAACUGAUGAUCAUUUAUAUUCUAGAAUUUGUCUUCAUUGUUCUGCUAGUAUUAAACUGUAAGGCAUAGAGGUGAUUUUUUGCACUUACAAUUCAGACUAUUGUUUUUAAAUGACUAUUUGUAAUUGCUCCACUGCUAAUAAUAGUUACAUGAAAACGUUUUUUUUUUCUGGAUCGUGCAUAGCCUUAGUUAACAUUAGAAAAGUAUUAUGUUACCCUUUGAUUUUUAAAAGAUAAGAUUU